UGUCGUGCCCCGCCUCAUCGGGCUGCUCUGAGCCAAUCCGAGCUCUCCUUCUUACAACUCUACAACUCAUGGGAAACGGCUCGGUGUACACAACUCCACUCAGCAGUGUGGCGUAAUGGAGGUCUCUGUGAAGAUGAAGGUGCUGUUGUUCCUGUUUGUUGUGUGUAUAAAGUCUGUCGCUAGCUACAGCAAUGGAAAGGUCAAAGAAGCUUGUCAGGACAUGAUGCCUGGCCAUCAUCAUCACAGCCCCAGCCCUACAUCUCCACCGUACAGUAUCACUGCGGAUAAGUCUAUAUUCAGUCCUGGAGAUCAAAUUAAAGUGACUUUAUCCGCGGAGAGCAAUGCAUACUUUGCAGGCUUUCUUAUAGAAGCCCGAGAUGCUGCAAAUCUUGAAGGUGGAUCUGUUGGAACUUUUACUCUGCUUGACUCCACCGUCUCACAGCUUCUUACAUGUCACCACAGAGAGGGCUCUGCUGUGAGUCACACCAGUGAUCACCAUAAGACAGAAGUCCAGGUGAUCUGGACUGCACCAAAGGAUUCCCCACCUAGUGUCCAGUUUCUAGUAACUGUGCUUCAGAAAUUUGAGUUGUUCUGGGUGAAGGUUCCAGGUCCUGUAUUGUCUCUAAAUGGUAUAUCUCCACCAACAUCCUUAUCUCCUCAGACAACCACAGCUCCCACGCCUCUGCCCCACCCGUUCACUUCAGAAGGCUGUGGAAUUAGAAAGACUUGCCUGAGAGAUCCAGAAGGCUGCAAUCCUGAGAACGAUACACUCUGUUACUUCCUGUCCUUCAGAAAAGUAGAGCAAGGUGUAAAGUUUGAGCUCAGUGGACCAGCUUCGGGUUACGUCUCCUUCGCCUUAUCAACAGAUAAAUGGAUGGGGAAUGAUGAUGUCUACCUGUGUAUUAGUGACACAAACCGCGUCAGCAUCAGCGCUGCUUAUGUUGAGGGAAGGACACAUCCAGUGACCGCUUCAGAGAAUGUUUUGAGAGAGACAGCAUGGAGGCUGGCUGAUGGGGUCAUCCAGUGCAGCUUUCACAGAAACAUACACAUCCCCACACCUAAUCAAGACAGAUUUGACCUGGAUCAGAUGUACUACCUGUUCUUGGCUCAUGGUCGGGCAGAGAAUGGGAGAACCCAUAGACAUGAUCGACAACCCCUUAUUUCAACAAAGCAAGUAGUUAUUACUGGGCCUCCAGAGGAUCUGAGUGGCUCUCGUGCUCCCUUACUCAUUAAAUUUCAUGCUGCGUUCAUGCUCAUUGGCUGGAUGACGACCGUCAGCACUGGAGUAAUUUUAGCCAGAUACUUUAAGCCUGACUGGCCUGAAACAACUGUUUGUGGACAGAGAGUGUGGUUUCAGUUUCACAGAGGUCUUAUGUUGCUCACAGUCCUGCUGACAUUCAUUGGCUUCAUAUUGCCUUUUGUAUACAGGAGAGGCUGGAGCAAGCGUGCAGGCUCACACCCUUACUUCGGCUGUACUGUCAUGGCUCUGGCUGUUAUCCAACCCAUCAUGGCUUUGUUCAGACCUGCUCCAGACUCCUCCAGGAGAUAUAUUUUUAACUGGGUCCAUCUGGGCACAGGCACUAUAGCCCAGGUGUUCGCUGUUGUGGCGAUCUUCUUGGGGAUCCAUCAGCAGGCUCUGCUGCUCCCUGCCCCUUGGACCACAGGUCUCCUGGCUGCCUGUGUGGUCUGGUUUGUGUUGGCAGACGUGGCACUAGAGGUGCACAGGAGGGGUCUUUUCCCCAUUGGACAAUUUUUCAGAAACUUUGAGGUCUACACAGAAAAUCUCCAAACAGAAGAUAAAGAGGGGAUUCUGUUUGUUCAGUCCCAGAAUGAGAGCAAGGGGUCUUCUUUUAAAAAGAUUGUUUUGGCAGUCUACCUCUGUGGAAACCUUGGAUUUCUGGCUCUUCUUCUGGCUACCAUCAGUAAGGUAUGAUGUAAAAGGACAACAAACCAUGUGCCUUACUAAUGUCUGCUGUUGUAUUCAGCUACUAUUUGAGAAGCUGAAGAGGCCUUAUUUAAGGUUGUUCUUACAAUAAUUCACACUGGAUAACUUGAGCAACACUUAAUACUUAAAGCAACAUUCCAAUAGAUAGUUUCAAGAAGUCUAUUUUCCAGAAAAACUGGAUGUUUAUGUGCCAAAAAAAUUGACAAAGGAGUUUGAACUGAUAUUGUCAUGAGGAAAAGGUACACGAUGUCACAUUAUUUGUUUAGUUUUAGUGCUUGAAUCUGUAUUUUCAAAAUAUAAAUGUUUUUGCUUGAAUGAUUUCUGUACCAUGAUUACCAUGACUAUGAUUUUACUAUGUACCAUGUUUCAUGCUGCUUUACCAAGACAAAUCUUUUGUUUGAAGUACAUGGCAGAAUAAAACAGAUUAUCAUUCUGAUUUGACAUAUGAGUGCAUCAAAUCAAAAAGGCAUAUGUUCAAUAUUAGUGUGAUGUAUCAGAAAUUAAAACUGUGUUGCAUAUAACUCAUGCAUAAUAUAUAUCUUAAGUCACAGGUUCUCGAUCUUUGGCUCAUCUGACCUGUGACACAAAAUACAUGUGAUUUUGUAAUGCAGUUCAAUGCAUAUAAAAUUGAUUUAUGGAAUAUUUAAUAAAAAAUAUUGAAAACUGUCAGAUUAUUAUUAUUAAAUCUUCGUUAGCCUUCAUUCAGUUUGGAGCUCCUAUUAAUUGUCUUGUCCACCAUGAUGUCAUUUUAGUCAAACUAGCCUUUUACACCAGAAACUGGCAGUGUGCAGGGCAGCUAUUUAAAAUCAAAAUAAGCAUAUUAUUGUGUCACAUGAUAAUGAUUUCUAGCUAGAAACACUACAAAAUGCAAUAUUCAUGCUGUAUUUUUCAGGGUAUGCCCAUAAUCUAAACAGCACAUGGGCGAUAUUUCAGUUUGUAGCCUACUGCAGCUGUGUGUGGGUCAAAACUGAAAGUUUGUGAACAUUCUAACUGCUACUGAGCGUAGAACCAAAAAUCCACUGGAUUAACAAACUUUGUGAUCAUAUACAGAAGCCAAAAAAAAAAAAAGGUUGAGAACACCUGGCUUAAGUUUAUAUGAAAGAUGAACUGGACACUGUGACUGUCUUUUUAAUUUUGUAUACAAAUCAUAUAUAACGUGAUGCAUUUUGUGUAUGCACAGAUGAUGUAAAUGUAUGUACAAAUUAAAAGGACCCACCUGCCUAAUGGCUUUGGCUUUGA